AUGCUUAUGCACCGCAUCGCUGCACUUUCAGUGGCAUGUCUGUCCCUGCCAGUUACUGUCGCGUUCGCCAAGAAAUCCGACCGCACUGGCUGGUACUCGUGUCCUGACAAAACGUUUUCUGACCAGGGACCCUCAAGUGGCAUCAUCGCUGAGUGCCUGAUAUACAAGGCACCCUUGUGCUAUCCUGGUAUCUGUGAGGCUCUGCCAUCGGUGGAACCGACUGUCGAUAUCUUUGUCAAGAGGUACCCAGCGACGUCCGGAGACCCUGCAACUGCGUCGAACGUGUGGUUUGUCGCAGGUGGUCCUGGCUUUUCAUCGAGCUCAAGUACGCUGUUUUGA